CACCGCGCCUGUGAGAGGGACUGCGACUUUAAUGUUCCCUCUGCGCGUCUUCCAUACCCGGGGACCCAUUUUACUUUAAGUCCUCCCAACUUUUUUUUUGUUGUGUUUUAUCUUUCCGACACUUUAAAAUCCGUUAAAGAAAAAUUAGGACUACUGCAGUGUCACAGCCCAUCCAACACUCCAGAGCAACACUGAACUCACAAGCCAUGCUACUACCUUCGUCACUACUACUCCUUCUUGGCCUCCUCACUUGGAGUCCCAGCACAUCGUGGGCCGCUAAAGUGAUCGUGGUACCACCCAUCAUGUUUGAAUCACACCUCUACAUCUUCAAGACACUGGCCACGGCUCUGCACGAGGAGGGCCAUGAGACCCAUUUUCUAAUUUCGAAAGGUCGUGAGGUGCCCCCCUCCCCUCACUACCACUUACAGCACUAUCCAGGGAUCUUUAACAGCAGCACGGCUGACAAUUUCCUCCAGUCCAAAGUCAGCAACAUCUUCUCAGGCCGCCUGACAUUUCUGGAACUGUUUGACAUUCUUGACCACUACUCUCAGAACUGUGAUGCUGUCGUUGGUAAUGUUGAGGUAAUGACCCGCCUCAAAGAGGCCAAGUUUGACCUGCUGCUGGUGGACCCUAAUGAGAUGUGUGGUUUUGUGAUCGCUCAUAUCCUGGGUGUGCAAUAUGCCGUGUUCAGCACAGGCCUGUGGUACCCGGCAGAGGCGGGUGCCCCGGCUCCGCUUUCAUAUGUUCCCGAAUUCAACUCAUUGCUGACAGACCGUAUGUCUCUGGUCCAGAGGAUCACCAACACAGCUGUUUAUCUGGUGCAGCGCUUUGGAGUCCAUUAUAUUGCAUUACCCAAGUAUGACCGGAUUAUGAAGAAACAUGGAGUGAAGCCUCAAGUAGCCAUGGCUGACUUGGUGCAGGGCAGCCGGCUGUGGAUGCUAUGCACUGACAUGGCGCUGGAGUUCCCCAGGCCCACUCUGCCACAUGUGGUCUACAUAGGAGGCAUCCUUACCAAGCCCCCCAACCCACUGCCACAGGAGUUUGAGGCAUGGGUGAAUGACACAGCAGAGCAUGGCUUCGUGGUGGUGUCGUUCGGAGCUGGGGUCAAGUACCUCUCCCAGGACAUCGCUCACAAACUGGCAGGAGCCCUUGCCAGGCUGCCUCAGCGAGUCGUCUGGAGAUUCUCUGGGGUUCCACCCAGUAACCUUGGCAACAACACCAAGCUUGUUGAUUGGAUGCCUCAGAAUGACUUACUAGGCCACACCAACACAAGGGCCUUCCUGAGUCACGGUGGCCUGAACAGCAUCUACGAGGCCAUGUACCACGGGGUGCCAGUGGUCGGCGUGCCCCUGUUCGGAGACCACUAUGACACCAUGACUCGCGUGGCAGCCAAAGGUAUGGGUAUCCUGCUGCACUGGAAGUACAUGAGCGAGGAAGACCUCUACACGGCCCUGACCAGCGUCAUCACAGACACCAGGUACCGCCAGAAAGCACGUCUUCUCUCCAACAUUCACAAAGACCAGCCAGGCCACCCUGUGACCAGGGCCGUCUACUGGAUCAGCUACAUCCUCCGUCACCACGGUGCCAACCAUCUGCGCUCCGCCGUAUACGAGGUGUCCCCAUACCAGUACUUCCUAGUGGAUGUGAUUGUCGCUGUAGGGGCUGCCUUGGCUCUGAGCGUCUUUGCCCUGCGGCGGUUGGUACGAUUGCUGAGGGGGAAGGUCGGGGACCAGAACAGAGGAGGUGCAGUCACCAGGGAUGAUGGUAACAUGGCCAAUGGACAUUGCCAUAGCGAGAGCAUGGCCAACGGGAAACACAAACGCAAUGGCUCCUUGAAAAAUGAGAAGAAGAUAAAUUAAUGUUUUGAAUGGCCAAGAGGGAAGAGGAAGAAGUUGCCCCAAGGACUCAGCUCUAGGAUUGGUUUAGUGGUUUUAUAAAAGCUUUGAGAGAAAGUUCUUAGGUCUGUGUCAAGAGGCAACUGCUACUCAGAGUGAGCAAGAGGCUGUAGGAGGAUACACAAUGCAUCAUGUGGGAAACAGAGCAAGGCAUCGGGUGCUCAAAAUCUGUGUGUGUGUGUGGGUGUAUGUGUAUGUGUGCACUGAGGCGAAUUUAACGAAAAAAAACUCUAACAACAGCAGCUACAGCAAUACAACACCAAAUUGGAAAGUAAUUGAGGAUGAAACACAGGAAAGACACACUGGAGGACAUUGUUUCUUCAUGUGCGUCUUCUCUCCUGCGUGUUCUCUGUUGUCUUCCUGCCUUCCUCACCCAGUGGAAGGAUGACGAAGAGGGGAAAUCCUGAGCGCCAACCCCUCAUCCUCGGAACAAAACAAGAAAACAAAUGGAUAACUUUUGAAAUAUUUAGGAUUUUAAUGUUUUUAACUGCAAAGUCUGCUUCAGCAAUUGUAAACUGUAAAUAGAGGAUAAAUCUAUUUAUUACUGUACAAAUGCAAUUUAAUGAUGGACCUUUUUAACCUUAAUCUUGUUUUUAAUUUAUUUUGUGUGUCAGUGGUUCUAUGGCAUGAUGGUAGAUGUACACUCCCUUGUCUAAGCUAACAUUGUAUGCUUCAUACUCAAUAGCCGUUGUAAGUCCGCGCAGGUCUGUGCUUUUUUGCACUAUCCGCAGUAUUCACGGUUGGUCUUGUUUUCAAAUUAAUCAGAGAAAAUAUUCAGUUUUUCCCUUUUCACAUGGUAGUGCCAACCUGCGAUUGCACUUUGCUCUGCAGUGUUCCAUUUGUCUCUUGAAUGACAGUUUGCUCUGCAUGAGAAUAACUCAACUGAACUCCGUUUGGCUUAUCAGUUUAAAAAGGGGGAUCAUGUUAUCAUCAGAAGCUAUAAUAACUCCCGAGGAUACUGCGGAUACGCGGAGCCAGACCGUGCUCAAGCUCAUCCAGUCAGGUGAUAAGAGAUGAGUCAGAGCAUUAUUGAUUCAUGAUUACUUCCUUCAUCAGUCCUAUAUUUCAAUUCUGCAUCCCUCAUCUGUUUAUUACUUAGUAAGGAUUCAUCACUUGAUUGCCAUUUUUGUUGCUGCACUUGACUUUGUGCAACGUCAUUCUUCUGUGAUUCAUUUGUUGGUUCAUUUCUAACAUAUGUUGCAAAUGCUAGUUUUUGAAAAUGUCCCGGUUCAGGUAGGAAUUUCAGAAUCCAUUCUUCUAUUCUGCAAGUUAAAAGUCUGUUCAGUUUCGAUUUUGAGGUCAGUGUACAAAUUACGUAGGCCUUAUGUAUUUAUAUUAACUUUCAGUGUGAAUGAUUCACAUUCUGUAUGUUGCCUUUUAUAAUGCAGUUACUCGUGUAUGCAGUAUGCUUGAAUACGUGUAUGUGCUUGUUGUUUCGAUGCUUGUGCAUUUUAGAUCACUGUGCGGCUUUAGAGUGAGUGGAUGAAAAAAAGGCAGAUGAGGCAUGUUUUAGCCCACUCUGAGGCUUUUUUUUGGUAUCCUGUGAAGUCAUGUCAUCAUGAGUGCCGGUGCAAAGGAUGUUUUAUUUUCUUUUUAUUUCAAUUCAACUGAUGUUUCCUUCAGUAGCUCUUUUUUUAUCAUCUUAUGUGUCAAUCCACUCCAUAUUAUUUCACUCGUGUUUGUUAAUUCUUAAUGCAGAUGCAGAUGUAAGAAGGGUGUAAGAAGGGUGAAAGAGUGACUUAGUUCCGACAGCAAAGGUGAACCCCACGACUUCUACAAUGAAUAGUAAUGUGUCAAAGUGACACUGAUCCCUGCAGUGAAAUUCUCUUUUCUUGAACUCCUGUCAAGGAGAUCAAAGUACAGGGCGUGCUGUAGGAGUAUCUUUGGAGUUUGUGCGGAUUCAGUAUCUUGCUAAUGGACAUUUCAGAAGGGCAGGUGCUCGUGAACAUGUGACAUAAAAGUCACAUGAACAUGAGACUUCCAGCUGGACGGUUUAUCAAACCACCAGGUACUACAUACUGUAUUUUCCUCCUUUGUUCUUGCAGCACAGUGCAGACUUUUUCAAACUUUAAAUUGCAACCACAACAUUCUAGCAGAGAUUGUUCACCGACUUACCAAAGCCUCACACAUGUAAAUUUAAAGGAAACAGAAGAAAUACUGUCACUUAACCUUUCAAAAGCUGUUAAGGACUUAACAUCCAACCAACAUGCAUGCACAUACAGUAUGUUCACAAAUCCUGUAUGAUAAUUGAGAAAAAACUUGAUCUUCAAACAUGAUCUUCCUUUCUCUGUGAGCUACAAGUACACUUGCACAGCCCAACGCAGCCCUGCUGAAAGGACAGACUAUUAUACUUGAAUCAUCAUCAUAUAUAACAACUUCAGCUGUUGGGUGUGGUGGGUGGGCCUGCAGGUGCUACAAAAGCUAUGAACAGGAUCUGGAGAGAAAUUAAUUUUAAUUUUUAUUUCAGUAUUAAUGUUGUUACAACCCACGCAGUUACAUGUUCAUCCCGUACUUCUCUCAUAUGUGUCCGUACUAACUCUGCAGUCUGACAUGUCUCUGUUCUUGUGAUGUUUGUAUUUCAUCAGCUUGAGGACUUUCUUGUCGUCAGUCGUGCGUUUGCUUGUUCCAUUUGUCCACCUCUUUGUCCUUCUCAUGACUUCCUGAUGUAUUCUGCCAUCUUUGUGUUCUUGUCUUUUUCUUCCUCCUCCUCCCCGCUAAAUUAUAUGAUUAUUAGAUGUCUCCACUUACUUGCUUUUAAAAAAAAAAACCUUAAUUUUACUUUGAUUUUAAAAUGACAUAAAGUCCUCAAUUUUCUUGUCAUGUGUGUCCAUGUUGUAAAUAGAACAAUGUAAACAAAAUACUAAUGCUGAAUAAAAAUGACAUAUUUUGUUUGCAGA